UUGACUCCGAGUGCUUGACUCCACGAGCACGAUGGCUACCUAGCCGUCUUGUCUUUCUCGAGCCUGUCCAAACCUUCACGCCCGUCUACAUCCAUCCAUUCUAGACCUUUGCAUCGCUACCUUAUGUUAUCGGCAUCUUCAUUCCUUGGAUACGAAAACAGCCACUCGUUCAUCGACGCUCGUCAUGGCCGAGGCACGCGCCAAAGCCUCCCUGAAGGCUUUCUGGGAGAAAUGCCGCGAGGUUUUCCGAAUUGGCCACAGAAAUCAGAACCAGGACCAAGACCAGCCGCGGCCGGGACUGAGGAUCCUGUUAACGGACGGCACCAGUACCACAGCUCGGCAAAUCGCUGCUAUUCUCCUAAAGAAGGGCCACAAAGUUCACGCCAUCUGCCCCCCGGGGAAGGGUCUUUUACGCUUCAUGAAACGUGUCAAGAUCCACCCUCUUCCCCCCCAUGCGGAAAAUAGGCACUGGCACAUCCAAGUCCUCGCCCUCGCACAACGACUAGACAUUCAAGUCAUGAUCCCAACCCAGGACGAGGUCGCUAUUCUAGCCACGAGGUCCUACCUCUACCACGACAUCGGUGUCUCGAUGACCAUCCCCGCCCUCACAUCCCUGAGCCUAAUAAUGGACAAGAUCACGGCUGCCAACACCAUCCGCGCUCUUACCAACUUCGAUCAACCACGUUGGCGCGUCAUCUCGAACAAUGCCGAGCUGCUGAGCUUCAGCCAUGACAGCCCGGAAUUAUUUCCCGCCUUUGUCAGGCAGCCCCUCCGCACGCGCGGCAACGAGAUCUUGGUGGUCUACUCGCAGGCGGACCUAGAGAGGCUGACUACACCUUGGAUCGAAAAUGCGUUCAGACGAGAGGGUCCUCUCAGCCAGCUGCUCGUCCAGGGAGCGGUUGAAGGCCAACUACAGAACGUGCAGGGCAUAUUCAACAGGGGCAUGAUGAUCAAGUCGCAUUCCUGGCGCCGUCCAGACGCUGCGUACCGAAUCGAUUCCAAGUUCGCCAGCUCCCGGAAGGAGUCGCUCCCAGCACGCCACAGCUUCCGCGCCAUGCUGGCAUAUCUCGGCCAGCGCCUGUGCUGGACCGGGCCCCUAGCAAUGGAGCUUAUCGAACUGGCCGAUACCGAUACCGUACUCGUCAUGGAUGUCUCUCCAUACCUCGCAGAGCCCAUGAAUGCAUAUCUGUCAGGCAAAGACUUGGUCGAGAGUAUUCUGGAAAUCAAGACGACCGAGGAGCACCCGGAGCCCAAUAUACAGUUUAACCGCAUCAAUAACAGAAACGACCUCGGAUAGCAUCCAGCCGAGACCCAGGCCAUGACCAGAAAGGAAAUCAGGUCUGCGAUCAAGCACAGGGGUCCAAUUCAAGAAAACGUCAUUCGCUUUGCAACUCCCACCUGGAGGUCAAAGUCGACACGAGAACGAGAGCCUCGGCCUAGGCAAGAAGCACGAGAGCAGCCUGAGCCCGU